GCCUGAUAAUACUAGAUGCGCCCAAAAAUAGGUUAAAGUGAAUGACGUCAUCAAUUAUCACUUAAAUCCAUCAAACAUGGACCCAACCAACAAAGCAAAAGGACCUUCACCUCACUACUCACUGUACCAACGUGAGAUAUUCAGACAAGGUGGAACGGAAGGAAAGUUGCCGCAUUUCUCUGUGCACUCUGAUGAGCUCGUUGAAUCUACCAAGAAGAAAUUGAGCGAUAGAGCCUACUUUUAUGCAAACUCCAAUGCUGGUCUUGGAUGGACCGAUAGAGCCAAUCGAGAGGCGUUCUACUCCUGGCGUAUAAUUCCUCGAAUGCUCGUGGACACCAAUGUUCGCGAUUUAUCUGUCGAACUCUUUGGGCACCGCAUUCCCGCCCCAAUUCUCUUCGCUCCCAUCGGGAUAAACAAACUGUACUCACCCGAGGGCGAACUUAUUCCAGCCAAGAUUGCAGGAGAACUGGGUCUUCCUUAUUGUCUCUCCACAGCAGCUUCUAAUUCGAUUGAAGACGUUGCAGCUGCAAACGAUUCAGGUGCUUCGUCAAUUGCCAGCGACGGAGGCAAUUACUGUCAAGUCCGUGCUGGUAGCAAUGCAAAAUCUCCUCGAUUUUUCCAACUCUACAUGGGCCACGACGAUGAUGUCACCAUGAGCCUCUUGGAACGCGCUUGGAAGUCCGGAUUCGAUGUAUGCAUGUUAACAGUCGAUACCUGGCAGCUAGGGUGGAGGCCCACCGACAUAAAUCUCGCGAACUAUGUAUUCUACUAUCCUCCCGGGACUACCGGCAAUGAAUUAGGAGCUUCCGAUCCUGUAUUCAUGGGCAAAUACGGAGAUGAACUAAAGAAUGACUCUGGAAAAUGGAUAGAUUCUUCUGUUUGGCACGGAAAGGCGCAUACAUGGGAGAAAAUGCCCUGGCUUAUCAAACAGUGGAAAAGGAUAUCGGGCGGUCGUCCUUUUGUCAUUAAAGGGAUUCAAAGUGCGGAAGAUGCUCUGAAGGCAUAUGAGAUCGGAUGCGAAGGAAUUGUCGUGACAAAUCAUGCUGGAAGGCAAGUGGAUGGUGCUGUAGGGAGCUUGGAAGUUCUACCUGAAAUUGUUGACGCUGUUGGAGAUAAGAUGAAGAUUAUCUUCGACUCCGGUAUCAGAACGGGCUCAGAUGUGUUCAAAGCUAUUGCUUUGGGCGCACACGCUGUACAAGUCGGAAGGCUUUAUGUUUGGGGUAUGGCUCAUGAAGGUGAGGCAGGGUGUAGGCACGUUAUGAAGUCGUUGUUAGCAGAUCUCGAUAUCACCAUGACCGUUGCCGGAUAUCCAUCCGUCACGCGAGAUGUUAAUCGCAAGGCGUUGAAACGUAAUGAGAGUGGGGUUUAUCCCAGAGGCGAACAUGCGAAACUGUAGAUAGAACAACAUGACUAUAAGAAAGAGCAGAAUGUAAAUCCUGUUUAGGACUGUUCUUUGAUUGAAAAUGCCGAGCACUCUCCCACA